AUGGCGCCUCAUUACGGCACAGACGCCAGGAACCUGGAAGAGGGAAACAACAGUGGCGUUGUAAAAGACGCAAUCAAGACAUGCGAAACUUCUCCCAAUCGUUGCCCAAUCACACAAUACGACGAAGUACAAGAUUGCGCCUAUGAGGAUCUUCUUCCCUCUAAAACCCGUGACAGACUGAAAGCAUCACGCUCUGCCCCUGCCCCUGCCCCUGACCCUGACCCUGACCCUGACCCUAAUUCGAAGGAUGCGGGGCCAGCUGGAACUCAGUUUGACUGUGGUUUGGUUCCAGUAUCAGCUUGGACGCCGCUGUCGUCAGAUCAGAUCAAAACGUAUAGCUCCCAAGCUUUACGAUGA